AUGUUUUGGUGUAGCACUUGAGAACACGGAAGUGAAGCGCUGCGCCUGUUUGUGUUUAUGUUUUCGCCCUCGCCCGGAUCGUCAAUACAAUCUGACUAAAACCAUGGCCGUGAGCGCCGUCCACCUGGAGUCAGACGCCUUCCUCGUGUGCAUGAAUCACGCGCUGAGCACAGAGAAAGAAGAGGUGAUGGGUUUGUGCAUCGGAGAGGUGGAAAUCAGCCGGAUCGUCCACAUCCACUCCGUCAUCAUCCUCCGCCGCUCGGACAAGAGGAAGGACCGGGUGGAGAUCUCCCCGGAGCAGCUGUCAGCGGCCUCCACGGAGGCGGAGAGGCUGGCCGACAUGACGGGCAGGCCUAUGCGGGUGGUCGGCUGGUACCACUCCCACCCGCACAUCACAGUGUGGCCCUCCCACGUCGACGUGCGGACCCAGGCCAUGUACCAGAUGCUGGAUCAGUGCUUCGUGGGCCUCAUCUUCUCCUGCUUCAUCGAGGAUAAGAACACCAAGACGGGCCGGGUGCUGUACACCUGCUUCCAGUCCGUGCAGGCGCAGAAGGGCUCCGAGUACGAGCGGGUGGAGAUCCCGAUCCACGUCGUGCCCCGCGAAGCCAUCGGCAAGGUGUGCCUGGAGUCGGCCGUAGAGCUGCCGCGGAUCCUCUGCCAGGAAGAGCAGGACACGUACCGCAAGAUCCACAGCCUGGCGCACCUGGACCCGGUCACCAAGAUCCACAACGGCUCUGUGUUCACCAAGAACCUGUGCAGCCAGAUGUCUGCGGUGAGCGGGCCGCUGCUGCAGUGGCUGGAGGACCGGCUGGAGCAGAACAAGCAGAGCAUCGUGGAGCUGCAGCAGGAGAAGGAGAAGCUGCUGCAGGAGCUGGCUGCUCUGUGAGCCGGCAGGACACGGAGGGUGGAGGAGGACAGUCCAGAGACCGCUAUCAGGUCUUUGUGUGUUGUUCGAGAGAGGGAAAUGACCCACUGGUUUACUUGUUUUACCUUCGUUACUACUUUCUCACCUUAUUGAACAUCGAUUCUUUUUUGGUACCUUACAAAAAGCCUUGACAUGACAGGUAUUUCCAUGAUCGAUUAAUCUGCUGACUGUUUUCUUGAUUAAUUCAUUUAUUCUUUGAUCUAUGAGUGAAAAGUUUCCAUCAGAAACUCCCGGAGCCCAGAACAUGUCUUGUUUUGUGUGGUGAUGAGUCCAGAACUCAAAGAUGUUCAGUGUACAAAUGCUCUCAAACAGCUUUAAAUCCUCACACCUGAGAGGCUGCAACCAGAACACUACUGGCAGUUUGGAAAAUCAUUUUCUCUUAUUAAUCCAUAAUCAAAAUGGUUGCAGAUUACUUUUUUAAUUGACGAUUCACUGUUACAAUUUUGUCAUCCUUACAGCUGGUAACUAAUGUCUGGUCAGAUGUGUCUUUGCUGUAGUUUGCUUAGUAUUAUCUUUUGAUCAGAUAGUUGCUGAUUUAAAUAAUUACUUUGAAAACCUGUUUGUAUCUUACUGUGGUAAAGUUCUUGUAACGCUCUUUUUGAGAUGAGACAAAGAGGUUUCGUUGAAAGAAAAAGAUUUGUCUAACUGAGGUAUCAAAAGGUAUUGGCAUUUAAUUAUAGAUUAAUCUGCCAAUUUCUUUUCUCAAUUAUCUGAUUAUUGCUUGGUCUGUAAAAUAUAUAAAAAAAUGCUCUUCACAAUAUCCUAAAGCCCAGUGUGACCUCCGCAUUAGCUGGUUGUGUCUGACAAACAAUCCAAAACCCAAAGACCUUGUGAUAUUUAAUGUUCUCUCACAUGAGAUGAAGAACAGCAGCAAGUCACCACAACUGGAAGCUAAAAACUAUGAUGAUGAUGAUGAUGAUGAUGAUGUUUGACCUUAUUGCUUUAGAAAUAAAUUCAUCCUUUCAUAACUUGUGCACACAAUAAUGAACAGUUUCACAUCAUGUCCAGCGCUUCUUCCAGGCUGCUGCUGGUUUCCAUUGAUUUCAGGUUUCAGACUGUGUCACUUACUCUUUUAAUACUGCGUCUGUGCUUAGGGGGACAGCGCUGCAAAUGAUCAGGUAAUAUUGGAUUUAUAGAAUUUAUCUGAUCAAUUACACUACCUGGCCAAAAGUAAAUGGUCACCACAGUCCACAUUUGUUAGUGUGCUUUGACCUCGACCUGUUAGUUUCUACAAAGGGAAAGUUUGAUGCCACAUAGUGCAGUUAUAUAUUAGACAAUACUGCGCUCCCGACAAACACAGCAGUUUGUGUUGUGAUCCUUUCCUGUUUCACCAUGGCAGGUGGCCGUGUGCACAAAGCCUGGUUCAUAAAGAGAUAGCUUCCCUUUUUGCUGUAAAAGAACUCCUGACCUCAACCCCAUCCAGUAGCGUUGGGAUGAACUGGAACAUGAGACUUAAGAGCUAGACUUUAUCACCCAGCUUCAGUGCACGACCUCGCUAAUGCUCCUCUGGCUCACUGGGAGAAAAUUCCUGCAGUCAGGUUCUAAAAUCUUGUGGAAAGCCUGGAACCAGAGGAGUGGCUGUUAUAGCAGCAGAUGAAUGGUCAUGGGUUUAGGGUGACAUGUUUAACUAUCACGUAUGGCUGUAAUCUUUAGGUAUCCAAUUGUACCUUAAUUAGUCAGGUAUUCAAUUCUUCCAAAAAUAAGAUGUUCUUACCUGGUUGUAGCUGGAUGGAAAAUGUUAACCAUAGAAACAAAUGGUAAAUUAGAAGGAAAUGAUGGUGGAAAACAUUAAGCAAUUUAUGGUAAAUGGGUAAAAACACUCAAAACUAGAGUUAUCGCUCUCAGUCAGAGCUGACCGAGCCUGUUGAUGGGCGAGUGACAAAGACAAUGUGCCUUUAGACUAAUGAAAGUGAUUAUUGUAGAUACUGUAAAAUGUAUAUGAAGGUCAUGAGAUGUAAAGUAUGUGUGGGUGGUUGCAUACCAUCAAUGCCAUUUGACUUUUCUUCACCCGUUCACUGUUUAUACGCUUUGCCUUUUUUUUGCUCUGUCUUGUCUCAUCACAGAUUCAAACCCUGAUGUGUGUUCUUCACUGAAUGUGAGCAUCUGUAAAAUAAAACAUAUUUUGUUACUACACUGGGA